UUUGUUUUCAGCUAUGCUGAAGAAAUGUGCUCGGUUAUUUGGCCUUGUCAGGGACAUUAACAGUGGAUCAAAAAGAAAGAGAGAAAUCAAAGGAUCGCCUUUUCCUUGCACACAAUCUACAGAAAAUCCCAUGUCAAUUAACUUGAGCUUAAAGUCAUAUGGUAGUUUUGUGAGGAUAGUUCACAGAGGUGGGAUAGAAGAGUUGUAUCCUUGUGGAAUUCAAGCAUUCCAAUUGAUGGAGAAGUAUCCAGGCACAUGCGUUGCCAAGCCGGAAGUUUUCAAGAAUCCCCACGAGUCGCUUUUGUGGCCUGAAGAGAGGCUCUUGCCUGGUGAGAAAUAUUUCAUAAUUCCAUCCUCUACUGUGAAGAAACUUCAGCGAAAAGGCCAGGGGAAGGCGAACGGCAGAGGCCCUGAUGAAGGCAAAGAGGAGAUAUGGGGUGAUAUUACUAUGGAUCUAGGUGAAGUAAACUUUGAGGAAACUGUUUUUUCUGCAAAAGAAUUUUAUGCUCCUGAAAGAAGAUCGCCAAGAAGUUUGUCAAUAAAAGGUAUAAGAAAAAAAAAGCCCUUUGUACCUCCUCUUCCAAAGACAAGAUCAUACAAAGGACCCGGGUGGGAACCCAGCUUAACUUCUGUUCAAGAGCUUUCUCCAUGACUUUGGUUCUAUCUAAUAUGCGGUUGAAUUGAAAAAAUUGAUGGUGUAUUGUUUCCAAUAAAUAGUGUCAUAUUUCAAUUCUCUAUUCCUUGCUUAGAUGCCCCAUAUUUCCAGGUGUUGAUGAUUGUUUGAACUGUCUACUGUCAAAUUUCUUCCAGAUGUGUUGAAAUUUCACUGCAAGUUGA